AUAAAAGAGUGAAAUCAUCGAUUGUCCUUUCAUUGUUACGCCGAACCCAAUUUCCUCCUAAAUCUCAGCAUCUUCCAAUCUUCUCAUAUUACAAUAGUUAGAGAGAGAGAGAGAGAGAGAGGAUCGUGAGAGAGAUUACCAUCACAAUCGAAAUCGCUUUGCAGAACCUCCGAUUUUAAAAAAAGUGAUCUGCAAGUUAAAGCCCUCAAAUAGUAACAAAGUAGAUUUUCAACAGCCUCCUAAUAAAGAUAGAUUGAUCUCUUUCGGUAAGUUUGUUUUCAGCUAAUUAUCUCUCUUUCUUCAAAGUUGCCUAUACUAUAUAUAUAUAUAUAUAUGUUUCUUAUGUUUUUCACUUGGUUCUUGAAUCUUGGCAAAAACAUUACUUUCUUUUGUAAAAAAAAAAAAAGAAAAAAAUGGAUCAGUUGUUCUAACUGUAUGCGUGAGUAGCCUAUACACAGUGUUUAGCACAAAGAUGGCUGGUGUAAAGCGAAAAUUAAGUCCAGAGUCAGAUCCUCACGCUCUUCACAAACUACUGGAUGAGGUCUCAUGCCCUGUUUGCAUGGAUCACCCUCACAAUGCUGUUCUCCUCCUCUGCACCUCUCACGACAAAGGUUGCAGGUCUUACAUCUGUGACACCAGUUACCGUCACUCCAAUUGCCUCGACAGGUUCAAGAAACUCCACUCCGAACCCCCAACUGAUCCCAACCCCAAUCCCGACCCAAACUCUGCCUCAAGGCCAAACAUUAACCAAGUCGCUGUUAGGGAAGAGGAGCAAGCAGAGGAAACCACGAAUUUGAAAUGUCCUCUUUGCCGUGGUACUGUCUUAGGAUUCAAGGUGGUAGAAGAAGUGAGAAGCUAUCUCGACAUGAAGAGCCGAAGCUGCUCACGAGAGUCUUGCUCAUUCACGGGUAACUACCAGGAUCUGCGCCGACAUGCAAGAAGGAUACACCCAACGUCUCGUCCUUCGGACACUGAUCCAACGAGAGAGAGAGCUUGGAGACGCCUCGAGAACCAGAGGGAGUACGGAGAUAUUGUCAGCGCAAUACGUUCUGCCAUGCCCGGUGCUGUUGUCGUAGGAGACUACGUUAUCGAAAACGGAGAUAGGUUCCCAGGUGAGAGGGAAGCAGGAAAUGGAGGCGGCAACAGCAACAGCAACAACAGCGACAUUUGGACUACUUUCGUGUUGUUUCAGAUGAUUGGGUCUCUUGAAAAUAACGGAGGGUCUAGUGGUAGUGGUGGUGGCAGUGGUGGUGGAUCAAGAUCUCACAGGUCGAGGGCUUGGAGGAACACUCAUCGCCGUUCUUCUUCAGAUAGGCGUUAUCUUUGGGGAGAGAAUCUAUUGGGUCUACAAGAUGAAGACAAUGAUGAUGAUGAUGAUGGUGAAGGGUUGCGUUUACAGAACGAAACAGGUGAUGGUUCGAAUCAUGUUCCUAGAAGAAGACGAAGGUUUGGUCGUCCGAGAUCAAGCGGAAACCAUCCGCGUUAAAAAGCCACUUGUCUCGGUGCUAUCUCUCGGGUCAGAACCAGACCGAUGCAAAGGGAAAGGUUUUGCUGAAAUCCCCCGAGAGCCGUAGGAUUUGUUUGGUGUUUUUAAUGUAAAUGUCAUUUUCUGAGCUUCCUCGAGUCGCUCAUUGUACGCUGAAGUAUGGUUUUAUGCAAUGUCUUUUCAUUA